AUGCUCAUGCCCCUGGGUGGGCUGCUGUGGUGCUGCUGCUGUGGCUGGUACUGCUGUGGAUUGUGCACCCCAGCUCCCCAGAUGUUGCGCCACCAGGGUCUCCUCAAGUGCCGCUGCCGAAUGCUCUUCAAUGACCUGAAGGUUUUCCUGCUGAGGCGCCCCCCUCCAGCGCCCCUGCCCAUGCACGGUGACCCCCAGCUCCCUGGUGUGGCGGCCAACAACAACACCCUUCCGGCUCUGGGUGCCGGGGGGUGGGCAGGCUGGAGGGGCCCUCGAGAAGCGGUGGGAAGGGAGACCCCUCCUCUGCCGCCUCCACCACCUCUGCCUCCUUCUGUGGAAGAUGACUGGGAUGGCCCAGCCACAGGGCCACCUGCCUGCCUGCUCAGCAGUACUUCCUCUGAGGAAUUCUGUAAGGAGAAAGCUGAGGACUGCUACUCUCUAGGAAGUAGCUUGGACAGUGGUAUGAGGACUCCCCUCUGCCGCAUCUGUUUCCAGGGACCAGAACAGGGAGAGCUGCUAAGCCCGUGCCGCUGUGACGGUUCUGUGAAAUGUACCCACCAGCCAUGUCUCAUCAAGUGGAUCAGUGAGAGAGGCUGCUGGAGCUGUGAGCUGUGUUACUACAAGUACCAUGUCAUCGCCAUAAGCACAAAGAAUCCUCUCCAGUGGCAGGCCAUAUCCCUGACGGUCAUCGAGAAGGUUCAGAUUGCCGCCGCCAUCUUGGGUUCUCUCUUCCUCAUCGCCAGUAUCUCUUGGCUCAUCUGGUCGACCUUCAGUCCCUCAGCAAAAUGGCAGCGCCAAGACCUCCUCUUCCAGAUCUGCUACGGGAUGUACGGCUUCAUGGACGUGGUGUGCAUAGGUCUCAUCAUCCACGAAGGACCCUCCGUAUACCGCAUCUUUAAACGAUGGCAGGCCGUCAACCAGCAGUGGAAAGUGCUAAACUAUGACAAGACAAAAGACUUAGAGGAUCAAAAAUCAGGAGGCAGGACAAACCUACGGACUUCCUCAUCAACCCAAGCCAAUAUCCCCUCCACGGAAGAGGAGGCAGCCAGCCCUCCUGCCCGUGAAGAGGGCCCCACCAGGGCUGCCAGCCACCCCUCAGGCCCUGGGUCCCAACACCACUGUGCUUACACCAUUCUGCACAUCCUGAGUCACUUGAGACCUCACGAACAGCGGAGCACGCAGGGCGGCAGCCGAGAACUCGUCAUGAGAGUCACCACGGUGUGA